AUGGGACACAAAACUCUGUACUUCGUACUGUUUUGUAUUUUCCCUGCUUACUAUAUUUAUAUACCAGAAGGCAUUGAAGAACCUUGGAAAGUACAACUUUUGGAUGCUUCAAUGAAAAUGAUAUCACUAACGGCAAUGUUACUUGAAAACAUGGGUAUCAUAACAUACGAAGAGUUCUACCUGACAAUAUCGAGCGUGCUCCUGACAAGGCCGGAGUCCGACGGGAACCUGACAGUGCUGGACGCGGACUUCGGUGGCGUCCCCGUGCGCCUGUACGUGCCCACGGGGGCCGCACAACGCCGGAGGCCUGCGGUCGUUUUCUUACACGGGGGUGCGUUUGUCAUGGGAAGCUGCAAGCUGGAAGCCUACAACUUCCUGAACAGAAUGGUGGCAAACAAACUGGAUGCUGUGGUGGUGGGAGUCGACUACAGACUAGCGCCGCAGUAUCAUUUCCCAGUUCCUCUUGAAGACUGUAUUUCCGCAGUCAAGUUUUUUCUGCAGGAUGAAAUCCUUAGGCAGUAUGGCGUGGAUUCCGCCCGCGUCUGCAUCUCGGGAGACAGCUCAGGCGGUGCGCUCGCAGCCCAAGUGGUUCAAGCGCUAAAGAAUGAUCCGGAAUUCAAAGAUAAAAUUAAGGCGCAGGCCUUAAUCUACCCUGGGCUGCAACUGUUCGAUACGCUCAUGCCGUCACACAUGGAGAAUGAAUAUGGCCCCAUCCUGCCAAGAAAGGUGCUCAUUAAGCUAGGGUGCCUCUAUGUAACUAAAGACCAAGCCCUGCCCCAAGCGAUGUGGAAAAACCAGCAUGUGCCUCAAGAGCACAAACAUCUGCUAAAGUUUGUUAACUGGAGUACCUUCCUUCCUGAGAAGUAUAAAAAGAACCAUGUGUAUACUGAACCCAUUACUGGAAUUUUUAAUGCUUCUUAUCUCAAUUCGGUAGCACACAUUUCGCCUUUGAUAGCUAACGACUCUGAGCUUCAGACCUUGCCGCUGACCUACGUGCUCACCUGUGAGCACGAUGUCCUGAGAGAUGACGGACUCAUUUAUGUCACCCGACUGCAAAAUGCUGGCGUGAACGUUACUCACGACCACGUAGAGGAUGGAUUCCACGGGGCUCUAGCAUUCAUAAACUCACCAUUCCAUCUACACUUGGGCCACAGAGUCAAAGAUAAGUAUAUAAGUUGGUUAGAAGAAAAUCUAUAA